AUGAACGAGAGUUUCGGGGCCAAUGAGGGGGGACACCCUUCCAGGCAAUCGAUCCACGCUUCGGGUAAUUUCCCCUUCACCCAAUUCAUACUGGAGACCCCCCUGCCCGAGAGAUGGAAGAUGCCGACCUUCGAGAAGUACAACGGCACGACCAACCCCGACAAUCACAUGCCGGUAUUCACCCACCAGAUGAUGUUCCAUGUUGUGAGCGACCCGAUCUGGUGUCGAGUGUUCUCAACCUCCCUGACGGGAGAGGCGCUAGAAUGGUUCUCCAAGCUGUCGGCCAACAGCAUCGACUCCUUCGCCACUCUGAAAGCCAGGUUCAGCAUGCAGUUCGCCCCCUUGAGGCCAACCAUACUGACGGUGGAUAAUUUAGUCAACAUUCGCCAAGAGGAUGGGGAGUCGCUAAGGAGUUAUCUCAAUCGGUAUAACUGCAUGUCGAUCAAGAUAAAGGACCUCAGCGAUGAAAUUGUUCGGCACCACUUCUCAUACGGACUGCAGCCGGGCGUGUUUACGGAUAAGAUAAGCCGCAAGAAGUCAAAGACGAUGGAAGAGAUGAGAGAGCGAGCGACCAAAUUCAUCCAGAUGGAGGAUAUGCAGGAGUUUAUGGAGGCCUUCAGUGCUGACUCACUCCCAGCAUCCAGGAAGAAACCUCCACCUCCCGAUGUCGAUGGCAGCAACCAUUGUCAGUACCAUCAGACGAUCGGCCAUACCACGGAAGAGUGCCACACGCUCCGCAAUAAGAUUGAGGAGCUGAUCUGCCAAGGGCACUUGAAGAAAUACAUCCAGCAGGAUCACCCCCAACGAAGCUCGGUCAGGAACGAAGCUCGGCACGAAGACAGGCCCCAGCUAAGUGGGAGAAGCGACGAGAGCGGGAGCCCGAUAGGCGAAGGAGGGAGUCAUCUAGAGCACACUGAAGCCCGAGGAGGAGUCGCAAUCGGAGCAAGGAUAAACCCUUAA